CGCCAAACCCCGCUGUCAGGUUGAGAAGUCACUGGAGGGGACAUAAUAAAUACGUUCCCAUAGUGGUCUUUAAGGACGAGGGCUUUCCUGGGUGUGGUCUGGGGCUGGAAGGCCCUGGUGCGCUGAUUUGGCGCCUGGGAAGAUAGUGUCUGUCAACCCUGAUGCUAAGAUAUGCAUCCAGUGCCCAGGGAGUGUGGGAAGUCGGUCAGAAGUGGCCCAUUAUUGUAAGCAGACGCCGGAGCUAAUGUUGCUCGCCCGCUGCUGCCUGAAUCAGAAUGGCACCAUCCUGGGGUUGGAUCUCCAGAACUGUUCUCUGAAGCACCUUGGUCCAAACUUUCCUCAAGCACAUACUGCUAUCAUCAUAGACCUGCACGCAAACCCCCUCAACGAUGACUUGGCCAACACCUUCCACGGCUUUAUCCAGCUCCAGACUCUGAUACUACCAGAAGAUGUCAACUGUCCUGGAGGUAUUAAUGCCUGGAAUACUGUCACAUUUUACCCAAACAAUCAAACCUGUGAAGGACAAAGGAACCUUUGCAAUAGCACUGGGGACACAGAAAUAUGUCCUGAGAAUGGAUCUUGUGUGCCUGAUGGUCCAGGUCUUUUGCAAUGUGUUUGUGCUGAUGGCUUCCAUGGCUACAAGUGUAUGCGCCAGGGCUCGUUCUCUCUGCUUACGUUCUUUGGGAUUUUGGGAUCCACCACAUUAUUCAUCUCCAUCCUUCUUUGGGGAACCCAACGCCGAAAAGCCAAGGCCUCAUGACCUACCUCGAUCUUCCUACUGACCUAAAGGUCACCCCCCUCCGUCUUAGCCCAGCCGGGCUGGCCAGAGCCUCCCCCAGGAUAAGGCCGAGGUUGGAAGGAAGAUGGAACGUUGCACAGCGCUGGAAUGCCACACUCCAGUCGAGGAGCGGACUAGUCCCAGGUCCCAUUUGUGCUGCUAACGAUAAUAAAUUUUUUUUUUAAAGGA